GGCUUAUGAUUACUGCAAAGUAGUGAUGCUGCGUUUGGCGCAUUUAUCGUCGGUGACGAUAGCAGUGAUAAAAAUUUUGUUGCUUUCAUCUUUCACGCAGCGCACGCGGGUAACAAUUUAUUUUCACAAACUGCAGAUGCCGCUUAGCACAUCUGGCCGGAACGUCAUCGAAACGCCACAUGCAGGUACUUUACCGUUUGGAAUUUGGAUGUUGUUGCGCCGGUUAUUCGUCGUACUGCACUUGAACCUAAUUCUUUGUAUAUUGUACACGGGACUGGGACGUCUUCGUCUUCCUAAUAAAAAAAUAAUAAUUAACUGCACAAUAUGGAAAACUCCAUCCAGAAUCGCGAGACAGUUGGAGUGGAAGAUUUCGUACUCCUGGAAAAUUACCGUAGCGAGGACGCCUUUGUCGAAAAUCUCAGGAAACGAUUUCAGGAGGAUUUGAUAUAUACCUAUAUUGGAAGUGUCUUGGUAUCCAUUAAUCCAUACAAAGAACUCCCAAUUUACGAUGCGAAGCAUAUGGAACGCUACCGCGGUCAAAAUUUUUAUGAGCUUCCACCACAUAUAUUCGCAGUGGCGGAUACAGCAUAUCGUGCUGUCGUUCAUGAAUAUAAAGACGAGUGCAUUAUGAUCAGUGGUGAAUCCGGAAGUGGCAAAACGGAAGCGACGAAAAAGAUUCUGCAAUACAUUGCACAAGCAAGCCGGCAUUCAGGAACUGUAGACGAUGUCAAAGAUAAAUUACUCGCUUGCAACCCCCUGUUUGAGGCUUUUGGAAAUGCUCGCACAACGCGCAACGACAACAGCAGUCGUUUUGGGAAGUACAUGGAUGUGGAAAUUGGAGUCGAAGGUUUUCCUAUCGGAGGACAUGUGUUGGAUUAUUUACUGGAGCGAACUCGGGUUGUAUUUCAAGCGCCGGGAGAACAAAAUUUUCAUGUAUUUUACCAGUUGCUGAAAGGAGCCGACCAAAACCUUCUUAGCCGGUUAAAAUUAUCAGGAAACUGGAAAGAUUAUCAUUAUCUGAACCAGGGAUGCCGAACUGAAUCAACGCAAAUAUCUCAGGAAGAUGCGCUCAACAAACGAUGGCUACAAGAAUUUCGCGAGAUUAUCCAUGCGUUCGACGCGACUCAUUUCACACCGAAAGAAAUAUCUGAUCUGUUCACCACAGUCGCUGCCAUACUGCAUUUGGGUAAUGUGCAGUUCAUGGAAGACGGAGACUAUGCCGAAAUGAAAAGCGCAGAGGAAGUUGUGAUAGUUUCCGAGCUUUUGGGCUGCUCGAGAGAUGAUCUUAUGCAAGCCUUGACGCAUCGCGGAGUCCAUGCGCGACAAGAAAAAGUGCUGGCGAAAUUUAAUCGAGAGCAAGCAACUACAUCGAGGGAUUCACUAGCCAAAGCUGUAUAUGCCAAAACGUUCCAGUGGUUAAUCCAGCGUGUGAACCAAGCGCUGCAGGCAUCCAAUCAGUCCCGAUCAGCGGUAAUCGGUUUACUGGACAUCUACGGGUUUGAGGUGUUUGAGCGAAAUAGUUUCGAACAGUUCUGCAUUAACUACUGCAACGAAAAACUUCAACAACUGUUUAUCGAGCUGACACUGCGCUCUGAGCAAGAAGAAUACGUGGCCGAGAACAUUCCAUGGGAGCAGGUGGAGUAUUUCGACAAUCAGAUCAUCUGCGCUCUGAUCGAAGCCAAACCAGUGGGCAUAAUUCCACUGCUGGACGAUGAGUGUCUGCGUCCCGGCAACGCCACGGAUGCCACAUUCUUAGAAAAGCUUCGCGAAAAGCACACAAAACAUCCGCAUCUGCUAAUCAAUCGGGAUAAACAGCAGUUCACAAUAAAGCACUACGCCGGGAAUGUAAUUUAUGAUGUGGAAGGCUUUCUGGAUAAAAAUGGAGAAUUACUGCACCGUGACCUUAAAGAGAUCAUCAUCAGGUGUCGGAAUAAUGAUAUCCUAAAGAACGCGUUCACCAACGAAGAGGCGACCAGCUUGAAACGCGCACUGAGUACAGCGACACAGUUUAAGAACAGUCUCAAAGAAUUAACCGUCAUCUUGAAAUCGAAGGAUCCGUUUUAUGUCCGCUGCAUACGUCCUAACGACCAUAAAGCAUCCAGAAACUUUUCGGAUACGAUCGUCCGGCAUCAAGUGAAGUAUUUAGGUCUGAUGGAGAAUUUAAGGGUGAGACGCGCUGGCUAUGCAUACCGGCGCUCGUACGAUGCGUUUCUGCGCCGGUACAAAUCCUUGUGUCCGGAUACGUGGCCGCACUACAACGGGCCGGCAAGGGAGGGCGUGUCCUUGCUGUUAAAUUAUCUGCAGACACCUGCCAAAGCGUACGCCAUGGGAGUUACGAAACUCUUUGUCCGAAUGCCACAGACGAUUUUCGCCAUUGAAGACGCGUUCCAGGAGCGGAAAAAUGAUUUGGUAACCAAAAUCAUUGCACUGUGGCGGGGACGACGGCAGCGGCAGGCGUACCUUCGCGACCGGGAAGAUAUCAUCACCGCGCAGAAUGCAGUGCGCCGCUUUUUGGCCGUUAAAUUGCUCAACAAACGUCGUGUGGCGGCGCGGUCGCUCAGAGAAUUCAUCAAGGGAUUUAUGGAACGACACGGGCCGAUGACGGAUCUCAAUCGGAAAUUCUGGUUACAGACCAGAAUGGUCUACUUGAAUAAGUUGGCGAAGAUGGCUCUGCCGGUGUCUGUUUUGGACAAAUCAUGGCCAACGCCGCCGCCUUUUCUGAAGGAAACAUCAGAUUUAUUGCGUAGUCUUCACAUGAGAAAUCGCGUUUUGAAGUAUGUGAAGCAUUGUAGUCCAGAGCGGAAGUUCCUAAUGGAUGAGAAGGUCCUUGCGGAGAGGCUGUUUAAAGGCAAGAAAACUUUGUACUUGUCGUCUAUUCCUCAGUUUUUCAUCACCGUCCGUUUGGGUGCGGAAACGAAACCCUUCGUAGAGCAGUUUGAAAAUUCCAUCCGGCAACCAACGGAGAAAACCGUUUAUGCCACUGACUGCAGGAAAUGGGACCGGCACGGACUGAAGGAGCGCAAUCGCGCAAUGGUGAUCACCACACAAAAUUUGUACUUUCUGGAACCUGGAAAAGCCGGGUUCAAGAAAAAGAAUGCGUUCCCGCUUUACACUGUCGACAAGCUUACUGUCAGCGCAAACCGGGAUUCUGUACUGAUUCUGACGGUAACGACGCCGGCACAAGGCAAAAAGCCCGAACAGACCAACGACUACAUCUUUCUUCUGCCAAAUUUGAUUGAAUUCGCAAUGAAAUUUGUCCUAGUCAGCGGCAAGGAGAGCAUCGUGGAGGUCGUGCCCAAUGGGCGUUGUGCCAUUAAAGCGGGCGGCCAGAAUGGAUGCGCUGUUGACUUCGGUCUGGGCAGUGUUGACAAUAUUUUGGGCCAUAAGAAGAUUUUGAUAGUUCAAAGUUCCACAUGAUUUGAAGUGAUUAAGUACUCGCUACUUACAAGUUACAACUAUCCAUAAACUAAGUAUCGCGAAUCGUUUAUAUAAUUAGCUACGUUCGUACCUACCCAGAGUGCCUACGUACGUACCUACGUAAUUACCCAGAGCGCUUAUUAUUUUAAAAUAAAAAAUCGUUGUUGUGAAUGAUGACAUUCGGAUGAAUCGGAUCAUACUUUUUGGUGC